ACACAGUCGAAAAUCGUGGAUUGGACGAGGCGCAAUGUACGUGCGCCAUUACCGCGGAAAGGAGCCACGCAACGUUCACUCGACGUACGUACGGUCCACGCGCCACAGACCGGCUUUAAAUGCAGAAUAACGUAACGGAACUGACGCAGAGGCUACUGAAAUCCCUGGAUAGCAAUUAUAAUGUCAUUGACAUGCCGACAGUUAUUGAAGUCCUAUCACUAUUGGAAAGAUUGGCUAUUACCAAAGAACUGCUCGAGACCACCCGAUUGGGUAAGCACGUGAACGAGCUGCGCAGGCGCACCUCGGACGAGUCCCUCUCCCGCCGUGCCAAGGAACUGGUCAAGAAAUGGCGUCUCAUGGUGCUGCCGGACUCGAACGGCCAACAAUCGGCGGCCGUCAAGCCGACGUCGCAGCACGACGGCGGCGGCGGCGGUGGCGGCAAGAAGCGCGGCGCCGUCCCGCUGACCGCCGACAACCACACGCACGCCACGAAGAGGCAGCGGCUCAACGGCGCCGCCUCCGAACUGGACUUCUCGGACAACUCGAACUCGAGCUUCGGCGUGGACGUGUUCAUACCGAAGCAGUCGGCGCAGCCGCCGAUCGUCGUCAAUUCCGAUUCGAAUUCGAGCCUGCCGGACAAGCACGACGGACACCAGCACCACCACCACGACGAGCCCAAGAAGCGGGGCAGGAAGAAGGGUUCGAAGAACCAUCGGAAUCUGCUGGACGAGGCGGAGAGCUCGUUCACCAACAAGCUGGCGGUCAGCAGGGGCAAUUCGAAGGUGAAGACGACGCAGGAGUUGGUUGCUAGUUUGCAGAAUAAGGCGGCCGCGCCGCCAGCUCCGCAGCAGACCAAUGCGGCCGCUAAGUUGAAGGAGGAUCUGAAUGAGAGGGCGGCCAAACUGACUGAAAGAGUGUCGAUAAUCGACCAAAAAUUGAACACGAACGCCAGCCGCUACAAGAACAACCAACGCGGCAAGCACACACCAUCCCGUCCCGAUUCGUCGCUGGGAAUUGGCGGCAAAGUCAUAGAAUCCGGUUCGGUGAUCAACGAUCGCCACCACCUCCACCAUAAUCAGAACUCACGGAACGACGACGAUGACGCGAUCAUCGUGGUGGACGACAUGCCGCCAGAAUCGGCCCCCGAGAGCCGCGACGGCAGCGUCGUCGGCUCCGCCGACGGCGAAAAGGAGACUGAAGUUAAACGUGAGGCGGAAAGCGACGCACCGCGAUCGCUGACGGUGGAGGAGUGCAGGGCACUGAUGCCGCCGAUCCAGCCCUACGAUCAGGACGACGAGGACGACGCCGCCGCCGCCGCCACGCCGAUAUGCACGUGCCUCCUCAAGGAGAACAAGCCGGACUUCACGCUGGACGAGGAGGACGACGUGAACACCGAGCACACGUUCGAGUUCGUCGAGGACCACGAGUGCGUGGCCCGCGACCACCUGCGUCUCAAGUACCGUCUCGGCGAGCCGGACGACGGACGCGUGGCCGACCUGCACGGCAGACCGUGGGCCGGCGUGAACGGCAUACGGUCGCUGGGCGAGGACAAGGAGACGGGCCGGCCGGACGAGCGGGGCCUGUACGCGAACGUGGUGCCGGACCACAACGCCGAACGGCUGCCCAGGUGGCGCACGCCCAGCGAGAACCACGAGAAGUACUGCAUCUCGCACGGGGACGAUCGGACGACGAAGUCGGACGGGGACGGUGGGUGUGCGGAGGGGGCGCUACGGACAGACAGUGGUUUGGGGGCGUUCCGCGAGUGGUACGAGACGGCGGACGUGCCGUCGUACGGGGGCGAGCCUCUCAGGAUUUUGCCAUACGUUAUCAUAGAUUGAGAAGAUGCUAGUCCAAAUGUUUUUUUUUUGUGUUUUGUUUGUAUAAUUAUUAUUAUUGUUUAGAUUUGUACCAAUUUAUAAUUGUGUAACGAAUUGUCCUCUACCCCCCCUCGGACUCUGUGGGCUUGUGGGGCGUCGGUUUCGAUUGGAUUCGCCGGCUGUUUGGAUAUCUGGUAAAGACAUUUAUUUAUUAGCUCCGCCGUGCACGUUUUAACCUGUUAAUUUUUACGGCUUGUAUUAAUGUACGUUGAUUUGUCCCCCUUUAAUUUUUUGACCAUUAAAUUCGAUUUAAUUUAUUUGAAUAUUUGAUGUGACGGUUUCUGCAUUUGUUCAAUUUGUAUUAUCUCUGAACGUGCGUCGAGUGUUUUUAAGUUGUUAAUAUACUAGAAUUUUGUUGUGGUCGAUUUAAUUACGUGGUAGAUUUUUCAAUCAUCGCUAAAACAAAUUUACUGUCAUCAUCACUGGAUACAUGUUUUUACAUUGUUACUUACAUAACUUCGUUCUCAUUUGACACAUUAAUUUAUAUCGUUAAUCUGUUGGUAAUUAAGUAAAACACAGUAUUAUUAAGUUUCAAAAUUGAAACCAAUUUUCUAAAUUUUUUAUUUUACGUUUUUGUUACUUUAAAAUAUUGCUUUUACAGCAAUGUAUUGUACAUAGUUAAGCCUACAAAAUAAUUUAUUUAAACCAAACAAAUUUUUAUUUAAUUCCUUAGUCCAAAAAUUAAGAGGUCAAAUUCAAUUUACAUAUUAUUUAAUUGAUUUAAUUUAAUUUUGCAUAGUUAAUUCUUUAAAAAUGACUAACUUUUACGAAUUUAUGAAGCUUGUGAAUGAAUGAAAAUGAAGACGGGUCUAACUCCGACAUAGUGUGGUAAUUUUAACUCUCAAACCAAAGACAAAUCAACGGAACACGUACAAGUCCCUCUGAUCUUUGAUCGGCCCGAGACUGCAUCGGUUGCGAGCCCGAUAAAUAUUUGCCUUUAAACAUGGAAUAGUCGGAGUCUUCAACGUAAAAAAUAAUCAUCCGGCAGACGGUUGCAGAUAUAUAUAUAAGGUUGCAUUCUCUAUAUAACAAUCCACUUGUGAUAAAUAACAUCAAUGAUUUUGGGUAUAUUGACAUUAACCAUCAGCGGAGCGUGCACCGUCUGUCGGUGUUUAUACGCCGGCCCAACCCCUUAAACAAGCCCCCCGAUUCCCGCUCUCUCUCUCUCGGAACGCGAUUAGACCGAAAACCCGGAUAAGCCACUGUUACUAUCCCACCUACUCCCGCCCCCACCUCCGGCUUAUAUUAUUAUUAUUAUUAUACAAUAUUUUUUAUGUAAAUAAAUAUUUUAUAACUGA